AAUUACACCGAAAGGGUUCUUCUGAAUCAACAACCAAGGGAGAGAAAGCUACGAUCGCGAGAGAGGCAAAGAUUCGAUCCUAAUUGUUUCGAUCCGAACUCAAGAAGAAGAAGAGGCGUCAUCAUGAUAGGGUUGUUCAAGGUUAAGGAGAAGCAAAAGGAAGAAGCUAAGAACAACAACGCAAGAGGAGCUUCUGCCAAGAAACAAUCUGCUGGUGAACUUCGUCUUCACAAAGAUAUAACAGAGCUGAAUAUGCCAAAGUCUUGUUCGAUCUCUUUUCCCAAUGGAAAGAACGACUUGAUGAACUUUGAAGUCACCAUUAAACCCGACGAUGGUUAUUACCUAGGUGGUAAAUUUGUUUUCACGUUCCAAGUCUCUCCGGUGUAUCCACAUGAAGCUCCAAAAGUUAAGUGCAAGACCAAGGUGUACCAUCCGAAUAUCGAUUUAGAAGGAAACGUUUGUCUGAACAUCUUGCGUGAAGACUGGAAGCCUGUUCUCAACAUCAACACUGUCAUCUACGGUCUUUUCCAUCUCUUCACGGAACCCAAUCAUGAGGAUCCUCUCAACCAUGACGCAGCAGCUGUUUUAAGGGAUAACCCCAAGCAGUUUGAGGCUAAUGUCAAGAGGGCUAUGUAUGGUGGCUUUGUUGGCCAAACCUCAUUCCCUCGCUGCAUCUAGUUCAAUGAUAUGGUUCUGUUUCAAAUCACUUUUCUUCUUCUCUAGAGACUUGGUGUUCGCUCUUUUGUACAUUUGGCAUUUUAUGAUCGGUUUUAUUAUUAUAAUAAAUAAACUUCAUCUAA